AUGAAUAUUGCUAGUGGUAUACCGAAAUUUUUCCCAUUGGCAAUGAUUCAACAAGAAGGUAAUCCAUAUGUAAGAGAUGAUACAAUGUUUAUUAAAGUAAUGGUUGAUUUUGGUGAUAUGCCUAAAACAUUGUUACCAUAUGCAUUAAGUCUUAAUCCAGGAUUACCAAUGCAUAUUCAACAAUUAUUAAUUAAACAAGAAACAGAACGAAGAGCACAACAACAAUCUCAACCAACACCCACACCACUUGCAAAUUGA